AUGGAGGAGGCAAAGGCGAACAAUGAAACUGUUGAGGAUGUUGCCUUGGAUAAUCUGCAGGUGGCGGAACCCUCUCGGCCCCAUGUAAUGAGGUCCAAGGAGGAUGGGCUCUCAGUAUGGCAGAGUGUCUUGCGAUUCAAAGUCAUGUCAGGGGUUGCCAUGGCUGCAGCAUUCAGUGCAUCUUUGGAUGGAUAUCAAAUCAAUCUCAACGGCGGUGUUGUUUCCAACAAAGGGUUCAUUGCCCAAUUCGCAAACCCUGGAAAAAGCGCGAUCGACGGGAAAUAUGUCUCGGCUUGGGGUGGUAUCCAGUCAACAGGUCAAACUAUUGGACAAAUUCUUUUGCAAUAUGUGACAGAAGCUUACGGCAGAAAGAUCGCCUUGUAUGUAAUUUGGGUUGAUCUUGUUAUUAGCGUGUUCAUAGAGUCAUUCGCUACUCACUGGUAUCACUGGUUGAUUGCCAAGUUAUUCUCUGGGCUGGGAGUGGGUAUGCUUCAAUCGACUGUUCCGCUCUACUUGUCUGAAAUUGCUCCCACCCAAUUGCGUGGAUUCUACAUCAACGCAUACAGUUUCUGGUUUGUCAUUGGCCAGUUGUUUGCUUCUGUAGCACUCAACAGCUUGAACUCAUCCGACCCUAUGGACUUCCGGACUCCGAUUUACACCCAGUGGGCGAUGAUCGGUUCCAUCAUCAUUAUCUUCAUUCUACUUCCGGAGUCACCAUGGUGGCUAGUGAGCAAAGGCAAAUUUGAUCGUGCGGCAGAUAUGAUUCGCAAAUACAACGGCAAUAUUCCUGGAUUCGACGUCGAUGAACAAAUUGAUAUCAUGAAAAGCACCGUCGAAGAGGAACGCCAAGCUGCGGCGCGAAACGCGGAGCUUGGACAAUUUGCCGUGUUCAAGGGUCGCAACUUCAUUCGCUUCAUUAUUGCAUCUUGGCCUAAAAUUACACAACAAUUCGUCGGAUUGGCACUUUUCAACAGCUAUGCGACAUACUUCUUCCAAACAGCGGGCAGCAAGGACCCUUUCCAGGAUACGCUCAUUCUGUCAUGUGUACAGCUCAUUUCAAUGCUUCUUACUGCAACACUUACCGAUCAAUUUGGUCGUCGACCAUUAACCGUAUACCCCUACGCUGUGACAGUGCUGUCAGUUUUAAGCGUUGGAAUCAUCGGAUGCUUUGACUACGCUAAACCCUCUAUCGGUGCUUUGCUAAUCUUCUUCACUGCCUUGGCCUCAUUCUCAACAACUGGCGCUUCGGCAAUCGGAUAUGCCUAUGCCGCCGAAAUUCCCCAGCAGCGUUUACGAGCUCAAACUGCCGGUUGGGCCCUUGCCCUGUCCAAUGCUAUCUCAGUGAUGUUCAGCUUCUGCACUCCACUGAUGAUAGAUAAUGGUGGUGUUUCAAACUGGGGUGUGAAGACAGGUUUCUUCUUCGCCGGAACUGGUUCAGUCGCAGUGGUUAUUGCUUGGUUUAUCCUGCCAGAAGUGACCCGACGUACACCUGCAGAAAUCGAUGAAUUGUUCGAGAAGAGAGUCAAUCUCAGGAAGUUCAAGGGAUAUGUGACGGAAGUACAAAUGCACGCAGACGAGAAUCAGGAUCUGCAAAAAGAAGUACGUGUCGCUUGA